AUGGUUCUUCUCUCAUCGAUUCAUAACCCAACUCUUACUCCACCUCGACCUUCCCCUCAACCCCACUUCGUAUCUCGUGCAAAUCAACUCAAACGGUAUAUCUCCCUUGAUUCUGCUAUUUUCUUAUCGACUACAUCCGACUACUUUCCACCGCCAGUCCCCAAUCUGGAACUUCAUUCAGCUGCUGCAAGUGGUAAUGUGGGUCUAGUCCACUACGCUCUCACUCAUGGUCAACCAGUGAAUUCUGUUCUCCAUGGUGUACUUCCUUUGCAUGCAGCUUGUUCGGGUGGAAGCGUCAGUGUGGUCAGGAUGUUGAUUGAGAACGGAGCGGAUGUCAACGCACCUAGAUUACCACGAAGAUAUAGUGAUGGGAAAAAAGGUACUGCACCAAGCGUAGGAACAGCAGGUUCGACACCGUUACACUUUGCAGCUGCCAAUGGACACGCUCCAAUAGUACAGAUGCUAUUAGCGUCAGGAGCCAAUCCAACCAAACCAGAUAAGAAUGGUAACACCCCUGAAGAUUUAGCUGCGAUCAACGGACACGAGGAUGUCGUCAGAGUCUUACACGCUUAUCAUCAUCUUCGGAGCCAAGACACGCCAAACGAUCCUCCUCAUUCAGAUACGGCAGGAACCUCUUCACCUUCAGGAUCGACCUCACAAUUACCCGAUGAUGAAGAGGGUAGUGUCAAAUAUGCAUGGGUAGGAUCAAGAAAAGGUAAAGAGAAAGCACCUAGUCUAGCAAGCUCAAGAUCCGAAAGUGCCCUCAGAGUAAAAGGAAGUUUCGACAGGCUGUGGAGAAGAGGGUCAAGAUAUUCAGCUGGAAGUACCGAUCACCAAGAAUCAGGGGGCUUAGUUGUAAACGAUUCCCUUGGUUCAGAAGUCUCGCUGUAUGAUCCUGGCUCAAGUGGUCUACCUCAUAUAGCAACUACAAGCGAUUUCUCUUCAAUGGUAGAUUUGGAUCAACUUCAUUCACCGGUAGAUCUUGAUAUACCACCUUCCCCCUCGCCUCAGAAAGAAAGUGAUGCCAUUCUCACCAGAGUAGACAGUGAUCAUUCUGGUCAAAUAAGUCCUGCAUCGUUGUCGAGGAUAGCAAGUGGUCACUCAUCACACAGCAAUGGUACUUCCAUAAUUCUCGGUUCUCCUCCUAAUUCAGCAGGAUUGCCACCUCCCCAACGUGGUCGAAUAAACUCUACCUCUUCUCAUCGUCCAACCUUGCCUUCAAUCUUGGAAAAAGCUGUCCAUCCUGGUCAAGCUUUCCGUGCCGCCAUGAGACAUAACAGUCACAAGGACCAAGGUUCUCCUGAUUCAUCAACAGAUACUCAUGAUCACGAAACCUCUCCUCCUCAUUCAGGUGGUGGUGGCUUUUUCAGGGGUAGAAGAAAAACCCAUGAAUCUGUCCCCAGUCAUCAGAAGAAACAUGGAAACAGACAUGGCUUCAAAGGCUUUUUCAGAAGAGGUCAAUCACCACCUUCACGAAGUCCCAGUCCCCCUCAGAAAACGGACAUCAAGCCAAUAGCAGCCGAAGAACUAGAAGAGGGGAUUGAACGAUUGAAGAGAGCAAGUCUUGAUCUUGAAAGGCAAGAGGAAGUAGAAGCUAUAGACGAUCAUGGGAUUUCGAGGGAAAUACUUGAUGCUAUCAGCUUGCACGACGGAGAUGAUACACCUUAUUUCCAUCAGAUGCCACUAUCAGCACCUGUCACCAAAACCAAGUUCUUCCCUGACAGUCCGAACGGUCCACCUAGACUUCCUUCGAUCUCUACAGCGUCAACUCCAGGUGAAAGAACUUUCAAUCGUCCUAGAACAGGCAGUGAGGUUAUCGCGCCUAGUCCACUGGCCAACGAAUGGGCUCAUGAUGAUGAUUCAGAUUCUUCUGCACCACAUGGAGGCAUACGCAGAGUGAAAACUGAGAUUAUCAAGUCACCCAUCUUGCCGGACAGGGAAACCGAUACACCAAGUCCUACUCCUCUCGGACAUUUCAGACGUCGUUCAGCCACUCAUUCAGGUGGUUUACCGACUCCGACAAUGUCCCCCAUACCGCGAAGCUUGAAUCCACCCAGAAUAGCGGGAUUGGGUUGGGGAGAUGAGAUGGAUCUUCGAAGGAUAGCCGCUUCCGGAUUGAUCAGAAGAGAGAGUCAGAGAAGACAAGCUGAGGUUGAUAACGAAAUGGAGCUGGAAGAAGAGGAAUACCAUGAUGCCCUUUCCCCUGAUAUGGACUUCAUGCAAUCUGACAUCGGCCAGCAAGAAAAGGAGGAUGAAGAUACAACACCUACACCUCAUUCGGAAAUGACGCUAGAGGGACCUUCGGAUGUGCAAGAGCAAGAAGAGCAAAAAUCUGAACAGGAGGAAGUUUCAGCACCCGAGCAAGAGGAAGUACUGAAUGCUGAAGAGGGACAAGAGAAGGAAGGACCAAAUAGAAAACGCGGGGAAAGUACUGGAUCUAUCAACACCGCGUCAUCUCGUCUUUCCACUCCCUCAGCAUCAUUGCGGAAUGACGAUUCUGAAGAUGCUCGUCAUCCCCAAAGACCAAAUAACCUGUCGAUCAUCAUAGCUCCACCGCUGCCGGUCAUGUCAGUGGUCGAUGGUCGACCGCGUGGUAAAUCAGUGUCAUCAAUUUCAUCGGGCACCUCAGGAUUUGGAUAUUCGUAUGCUCAAUCAAUCUCUACUCCUGCCACUUCACUCACUCCACCUUCGGCUUUGUCCCUGGCCCUAGCGGGCGGAUCGGGAUUCCCGCCUGUUCCAGAAGACGAGGUAGCACCUUCUGCGCCGGUGCCUCGUCGAACCUUGACCUCGAGAACAGUAUCUUCUCAUGCCGAAGCUAGAGAAGUGAUCAAACAAAAUGAAGAUGAUAUAUUGCAUUUAGCGCAAUUACCUCCUUCGUUAGAUUCAAGUAGAAGCUUAGCUGAACAACUCGCUGCAUACGGUGAGAAUUACGCCAUUGAACGACAGUUUGCAGAAAUAGAAAGGAAAUCUUCUUAUGGUCUCACAAGUGCAUCAACUGGUCAAAGUCGAAGUGAAGAUGGUGAAAGUUACUUCAGUGCCGAAAGCGGAACAAGCAAAGGAUCAAGCAGAAGCUCAGGAUUGGCUGACAGGAGAAGGCCUAGUGGGAAAAGCGUACAGCCUCGAGCAUUAUCGAACCCAAAUAUCCCAUUGGUCCACGUCGACGCACCUCCAUCCUCGUUGCCAUCUAUCAAUAACAUCUACGAUAAGCGAGCUGAAGCAUAUCGAAAACACAUGGCGGCGUUGUCUUCUGCCCAGCCGCUACUGCCUUCAUCGACACGGCAUGCCCAUACUAGAGCCAGGCAAAGAGCUGUCUCAGCACAAGAAAUGUGGUUGGAUCAAGGACCCUCCGCUUCAUACUCUCAUCGCAGACCCGCAUCUUCCCAAGGUGCGACGGCAAACUCAAUAUUCAGUUAUAACACCGUUAAUGAACCUGAAUACGAACACUCAUCGGAAGGAAUGAGAUACCCACAUCAUCCAGCGCAGUUCCCCUUUACAACGAAUCCCGUAACAGGCCAAAGACCAAGGAAAUCCUCUUUCGGCGCCAAUUCAGCUUCGUCUUCGAUUAUUCAUGGUCAUGGAGGACAUCAUUCCAGAAACAGUACAUAUCCAAGACAAAAUUCGAAGUUUACUUUACCGCCUGCGCCAAUAGCAGACAUUGUAUCAACUAGAUUUCAAGGGUUAUCAUCAUCCCCUAAAUCAAAUCCGAUGUCAUCAGCAUCGAGUGCCAGUGGAGUUGCCACCUCGACCGCAAAUGCAAUUACAGCUGGAGGUCAUGGACAUGGUCACGCUCACACUCACACUCAUGCUCACGGACAUGGACCGGGACAUGGACAUAAUAAUCCAUUAGGAGUAUCACCAUAUGUAUCAAUAUUCUCAAACAGGUAUCAACCUAAAUUCCCUCUGAAUGAUGAUGAUUCAGAUGAUGAAAUGGACAACAACAGAGAAUAUACCGUUAUUGAAAAUGAUUGGAGAGGUGGUCAUAUUGUAAAACCGGGUGAACUGUCAGUAGCCGCAGUAGCCGCUACAAGCGAACCUAAAACCAAAGGUAGAUGGGUAAAGAAAAUGAGUAAAGGCUUAGGAAGGAAAUGA